CCUUUCGCCCAGAGCGCCCCCUCCACUCAGUUCUACAUUCCCGAUGGGACUAACUUCCUCCUUCCGCACAAAGCGACCGACCCCUUCCAUUCUAUAAAGCAUCGUUCCGCUCGCCCUCCUUUCUCCUCAUCUCAGUGCGACUAUGUUCCCCCUUUCGCCCAAACCCCCUCUCCCAUCGCCAUGGCCCGUUCUACACCUAUUAUCACCUGUGCACCUUGCAACCACAAAAUUCACCACAUCCCCUACUUGUUCCAUCCCUCGUCCUCCUCCAGCAAUUGGCCGACCGCCGCCAUCCCUCGACUUUCUUAGGUUCUCUCUUGCAUCGCUGCCUCCCGUAUGGAUCUAGGUACUAGCACCCUCAUUUUAGGUGGUUGACACCUAAAGGUUCCAUCAUUCAACAAACCAUAUCGCCAUGCUCCAGUAUCCCCUCUUCAUGUGAUUCCACCUUCGCUGCCUCCACCCUUUGUUCUAGCACCGAAAAUCUGAAUCGAAGACCAGAAUGCUGCCCCAUGAAGUGAGUCGGGCUACAUGGAUCUCGAUGUGAAUUUUAUGGCGAGAAGAGAUCUGGAUGUGAAACCGGUGAGAACUCAUAUCCGACCUCCCCCUUCGGCAACAUGUUUUCUUUCGAUCUUUCCUUAAUUCUUUACCAUAUCAAAAAAUCCCUUGGUCAUCAUAACAUUAGGAGUUGACUGACGUAUGCAAAUCUGGAUAUGGAUCCAGUGAGAACUCAUAUCCGAUUUCCCGCUUCGGCAACAUGCAUUCUUUCAAUCUUUCGUUAAUUCUUUGCCAUAUCAAAAAUUCCCUUGGUCGCCAUAACAUUAGGAGUCGACUGGCUUAUGCAGAUCUGGAUGUGAAACCGGUGAGAACUCAUAUCCGACUUCCCCCUUUGGCAACAGGUUUUCUUUCGAUCUUUCGUUAAUUCUUUACCAUAUCAAAAAAUCCCUUGGUCAUCAUAACAUUAGGAGUCGACUGACCUAUGCAGAUAUGGAUAUGGAUCCAGUGAGAACUCAUAUCCGAUUUCCCCCUUCGACAACAUGUAUUCUUUCAAUCUUUCGUUAAUUCUUUGCCAUAUCAAAAAUUCCCUUGGUCGCCAUACCAUUAGGAGUCGGCCAACCGAUGUAGAUCUUGAUGUGGAUCCCGUGAGAACUCAUAUUCGACUUUCCUCUUCGGCACCAGGUCAUUUUUGGAUCAUUAGUAAUUCUUUACAAUAUCAAUUUUUUUUCUUAUUCUACUGCAACUGCCCACAAGAAGGAAAGAGCCCCCCCAAGCACAUCCAUGACAUUCACUAGCUACGUACCCUUGAAAUCAGCACAGAAAGCUACUUCUACCUCCAUCAAAUUUUAAACGGCACCAGUACAAAAAUCAAAUUCAUAAAGAAAAAACAGUUCACUUGUCGUUUUUUUUUCUUUCAAAAAGUGGGAUCACCCCCGGCCUUCCAGUGUCACAUGGAAUCCAUGCAUUGAUGCAAAAGUAGUAGUCAGAUGCCGUGCAAAACACCGUCCAUCGCCUUCGGCCUCUCACCCUGGCCGUCAGUACACAGUGCGUGCGUGUCUUCUAUAUAUAUAGACACACACCCCCUGCACAGUUUCCACACCACCGCAUCGAUCCCCCCCUACACCAACCACCACCGCCAAAGAACACCUGAGGAGAGGGCCGGCACUACCCCCGACACUAUCCUUCCUUCCCUAGAAGGCCAGAAGAACAGCGCGGCGCAUGGAUCAGCGGGAGGGCAGCAGGAAGGGUGCAUGGGGAGAGGAGGCGGAGGGGGACAACUCGCCGGUAGUGAUGAUGUCGGCCCUGGCUGCGGCGGCGGCGGCCGAUGCGCUGGCGGAAAUGGCAUUCCAGGAGGCGGCGCCUGCGGUGGUGGAGGGCGGCGGGGAUGGCCCGGACGGGGAUGCGUGCAAGCCGCCGCCGGGUUUGUUCGACUUCUGGUGGCUGAAGUGCCGCGGCGGGCUGGGCGCCCCCGCCUCCAGCGCAUUGGCGGAGCUCCGUGACGUCUUCUUCCGGUCGCAGGUGGACGGGCACACCGCGGCGGUCGGCAUCCCCGGCGACCGCUUCAUCCCGCCGCCGAGCAUCGGGACGCUGUUCCAGGCCCUGGCGGAGUGGCUCGCCACCGCCGGCGAGGACGAGGUGGACCCCGUGUGGCGCUCCGUGCUCGAUCCCGACGCAUGACGCCAACGACGUGGCGAGGGCAGCAUGGAACCCGGACCCCCCCACCCGCCCGAGGUUCCGUCCGUGUCAGCGGCGAUGCGCUGACGCACGUCGCUGGAUAGGGAGAUGAGAUGAUACUAGGAAGGAAAUCGUGGAUGCAUCUGACGAGAGGUCGUCUUUGUUCUUGUUGCUUUGCUUCUUUCUCCUCGCUUUACUUUUCUGUGUAAGAAACAUGUUUCAGUUGUCAGUUUCAAGUUCCUGCUGCAUGCUUUGGAGGGUC